AUGGCAUCUGCUGCAACACGGAAACAGUGCGCAAAUGAUGAUGGCUGUAAACAAAUUGGUGUUGCUUAUUGUGAAGGUUGCACACGAUCGUUUUGCGGUAAACAUUAUAAUGAUCAUCGUCGUCUAUUGAGUGAAGAACUAGACGUUAUUUUCAGUGAUUGUAAUGAGAUCAAAGAUGCACUAAAUCAACAAAUAACGACACGUGACUCUCAUUCAUUAAUGAAGCAAAUUGAUGACUGGGAAAAACAAUCGAUUGCCAAUAUUCAACAACGAGCAAAGGAACUACGACAACAAUUACUUCAAUUGGCAGCUAAUCAUAGAAAUAAAGUAUCGCAAAAACUUCAACAACUAUCCGAACAAUCAGUUGAAGCUCGGGAACAUGAUAGUUUUAGCGAGACAGAUCUACAUCAAUGGAAGAAAACUCUUGAAGAUUUAAAAACCAAUCUUACUUCACCAUCUACGUUUUGUAUUAAUCAGCAUGAUUACUUUCCAGGACUGAAAAAUAUUUCUCUUAUCAUAGCAAUGACAAACGAGUUAUUCGAUCAAAUAUCCGACAAUACAGUCCAAAUUGGACAAAACGGACAAGUAGUGACUUGUGAUACAUCAAGAAAUCAUAGAGAGAUCCGUGGUAGAACUAAAUAUGCUUCAGGAGUUCACAAAAUUCGUCUAUACAUAGAACAUUCAGAAAAUCUUUGGAUGUUCUUGGGGAUAAACUCGGAAUCAACACCUCUGCAAUGUCGAUCAUACAAUUCUCCGUCCACUUACGGUUGGUCAAACGACAACAGUAUCUGGUGCAAUGGACAAAGGAAUCAAAAUGCCUCGUAUCAUGUUAUAGAAAUGAAAAAGAACGACAUAAUUUGUUUAAUUCUUGAUUGUGAUAUGCGGACAAUUACAAUGAUCAAUGAACGAACAGAUAAAAAACAUGAAUUACCAGUCAGUACUGCCGAUUGUCCAUUUCCUUGGCAGCUUCAUCUCAAUCUAUUUGAGGCAAAUAGUUGUGUGCACAUUUUGUCAACAUAG